CUCUGCAGGAGCGCACCACGCCGGCGAUGUUGUCGCACCGAACAGGAUCAAAAAGCAACCUGGUAGCUGCGUAUAAUGCACAACAUGAUGUUGUAGCGAAUCUACAUCAAGCGGUGAACAACAAGGCCGCGGGGGGUGUUUAUGCACAACAAGCUACUUCGGCGGCCGCAAGGACGACUAGAGGUACUGUUGGGCCACCUCUGGGAGGAGCAGGUACUACACCUAUGUCCUCCUCGUCGUCUGCCUCUGGUGGGUACGCUCAAGCGCACCAUCACCAGCAACAGCACUACCACCGGGAGAAUCAAAUUCUUGAUUUCGGCACGUGCUCCGCAGCCGCGUCGGUGUCUAGCCGUGCAGAACAACGGCCAAAAAUCAAAAAGGUCCCGCAACUGGGCGCGGAAUCAAGGAUGCGGCUGCUGGGCCGACGGGAGAAGAACAAAAACUCUCCGAAAAUGAGUACACAAAUGACAAACCACACGACGUCGGCGCUGACUACAGCAGGAGCUGGUCUUCUGGGCGGGCCCAGCACGUCGUUCCACGGAGGUAGUAGCUCUUCCAGUGGUGCGGGAGCAGCUGGACCACCCUACCACGGUACGAUGAAAAUGAAACACAGCGAGUCGUCGCAACAGCUCGCACGAACGCAUUCUGUACGGUCGAACUGCACCAAAAUAGCCAAAACCUUCAGUGCAUCACCCAGCUCCAGCGUGACCACAAGCAGACGCGGCGGCGGAGGUGGAGGGCCCGCAAGCAGCGUGGGGGGCAAC